UUGCAUGUAUAAACCGAGUCUUCGCACAGUCGUACCGCGUCCGGCCGCGCAAUAACCGUCAUUUCGCGUUUCCCAAAACCCUAUCCGUUUUUCCCUAAAAAAAAACAUUACCGUUAACCGCGCAACCUCGCAUCGAAAUCACCGCGAUUUUUGUGUUUUCGGCGUCGUUUUUUCCCCGAAAGUGUCGAUUUCUUUUUGGGACUGAGUCGUGGAGCACGUGUUCAAGGCCGCCCGGUGUCUGAGUUGAGGAGUCUUCGACGAAGAAAAUCUUCGUGUCUCUGCGUUCGGUGCAACUGCAUUCUUCAGGUUCUGUAACCGGCCAGGCUCUUCCUGUUCUACAAUGACGAUUUUUAUGUGCGCUAACGGACUGGUCUAGCGCGUACCCCAAGCAUCUGUGUGACGGACCGCAUCUGCUCUUUGUACGGGUGGAUUUCGUCAGUGGCGGAGUGUCGGAGGUACUGUUGGUGUCGUGGUGGUGUUUGUUGUUGGGUUAGGGAAAAUGGGGAAUCAUCCGUCGAAUCACCAGCCGCUGGAAAGGACUAAUGUGGGGAAAUUCGGAGAUGCCUACACGAGGCGAAGUUUGCGUUCCCCUCGCAAGAUGGACAGACUGCGGAGGUCCUUCAGGGAUUCCUUUCGUCGGCGAAAGGACCGCGUCCCUGAGAGCUCCAAGCCGCACCAGUGGCAAGCCGACGAGUCCGCCGUCAGGUCAGGAACUUGCACAUUCUCCGUCAAAUAUCUAGGCUGUGUCGAAGUUUUCGAAUCCCGGGGAAUGCAAGUUUGCGAGGAGGCCCUCAAAGUCCUGCGGGGCUCCCGGCGGAGGCCCGUCCGGGCGGUGCUGCACGUGAGCGGCGACGGCCUGCGGGUGGUCGAGGACGAAACCAAGGGGUUGAUAGUGGACCAGACCAUCGAGAAGGUCUCGUUCUGCGCGCCGGACAGGAACCACGAACGGGGCUUCAGCUACAUCUGCCGGGACGGCACGACGAGGCGGUGGAUGUGUCACGGGUUCCUGGCGCUGCGGGAGUCCGGGGAGAGGCUGUCGCACGCCGUCGGCUGCGCCUUCGCCGUGUGCUUGGAGCGGAAGCAGCGCAGGGACAAGGAGUGCGGGGUCACGAUGAUGUUCGACGCCAAGAAUGCGACGUUCACCAGGAGCGGAUCCUUCAGGCAGCAAGGUUUGACUGAGCGCCUCGAGCGCGGCGUGGACGUGGCGCCUCCUAAGCCGCCCCCCGUCAACCCGUUCGCCAUCGAGCGCCCCCACGCCACCCCCAGCAUGCUGCAGCGCCAGGGCAGCUGCCGCGGCUUCAGCACCCUCGGCCAGAACUCUCCGUUCAAGCGCCAGAUGUCGCUGCGCGUCAACGAACUGCCCAGCAACACCGCCCGCCUCAACGCGUACAAGUCCCCCACGUCGCCCACCAGCGCCAAGCAAGUGUCGCCCAUCCCCGAGAUAUCACCCGGUGAUUCCGUGACGGCCCUGUGCCAGCAGCUGUCUCAGGGCCUCAGCCAGCUGACGCACAGCGGCUCCGACGACUUCAACUUCAACAACCACACCUCCAUCAACCAGAACACGCUGAACCUGAACGUGACCACCAUCAACAACACGUUCAACCAGUCGGCGCCGUCGCCGCCGGCGCCGUCCCCGGCGCUCAGCUUCGGGCCCAGCCCCACCCGGGGCCAGCACGCCAACAGUAUUAGCGCGAACGCCGGCGCGCUGCCCAAGCCCGACCAGUGGCUGGGCCAGAUCGUGAGCUCGGCGUCGCCGACGCCGACGCCGGGCAAGAUGGACGGCGCGCGGCGGGCGCCGGCGCUGGGGGCGCACGCCCGCGCCAUGUCGCUCGACUCGUCGGGGGCGUUCGCGCGCUCGAGCGACCCCUUCGACGCCGGCUGGGCCGACGUCGCGGCGAAGGCCAACCCCACGAAUCCCUUCUUGUCAUCGACCAACGCGCCGCAGGCGUUCCAGAUUCAGCUCUAGUUCUCUUCCGCGCUGUCUUAUUUAUUGUUAUUGUUAUAGUUUUCCUAUAUUUUUUUAACAUUGGUUGUUGUACCGAGUGUUGCGGUUCAUUCCAAUCGUGAGAGUCUGUCUGUUGUUGUCGAAUUGCCAGGACUGACUGUGCAAUCUUGUAUAUACUGUUGAAAGGAAACGUGUAAAGAUCUGAUUUGUACAGUAUGGAAACGACUUUAAUGCUCAUUUUCGUUAGGUCUCGGUUACUGUUUUACGAUAGGAGCGCUUCAAAUUGUCAAAACUGUAACCCACUUGCCAGAUAAGCUAUGCACACGAGUAUUUCUAAGAGUACUUAAUAAGAUAGUCUUUCCAUAGUUCUUACAGCUACUAGACUAAUUUAUAUCAUUAACAAGGCUGAGAAAAUUAACUACGUAGAUGUAUGUACAUUCCACUAUCGUUCAUUUAAACAAGUCAAAAUGCAAUAGUGAAUGGGUUUAGAGUUCGCGUUUUCCGUCCACACAUCAUUUCGUAGGACAGAAUUGUUCUUGACCAUAACUAUUAAUACAUAUCCACUUGAUUUGGACUAUCCACUUUCGUCGUUAUUAAGUAAGCGCCAAACAAAUUCAUUUUUGUUGACUUUCGUUUCAUAGAAUUUAGUCUAAUAUUAUACUACAAUAAUGUGCAGCAGCGGGAAUAGGAUCGAAAUAAUUGAUAAACUGUAUUACUAGAAUAUCAUAGGUGAUAACAAAACUUUCGGUUACUUUAUGUUUGUAAAUGUUACGGCGAUGCUAUUUACUGUUUGUAUUUAUUUUUUUUUUUUUUGGAUAACGGAGCACGCAGCUCUAUUAUUAUGGCACAUGUACUUAUUAUAUACACUGUAUUAUACAA